UUCGUUUCAUUGUUGAAGAAAUCACAGAAACACAUCAACCUCGCAGUCCAAUGGUAAGGUGAGUGUUGGUGAGCUUGAGUGAGUGAAUAGGACCACUUCCUCCAAUACUUACCUUCCCAAAUUAUAUUUUUAAUAUCAUCAUCGUCGUCGUGUAUCGUUCUCCCAGGAGUAGUCGAGACGACUACUUGUUAUUAUUUGUUAAGAGAGAGAGUGCAGGAGUGUGGAGGAAGGGACCUUUAAGAAAAAUGGUCAAUUAUUGGCUCCAUUUAUAACUAUUCACAUUCACCAACCAACCACCAGCACCACCAACAAUUUGCAGGACACAGGGAUACGUCACUUGGUGGAAGCCUUCACUAAAAUUAAGAGAGAGGGGUGAGUCCUAUCAAAAAGAGUUUGUUUCAAUUUACAUAUUUUUGCAUUCAAUUUCGUGUCUGGUUCGAGAAUGGGGUGAUUUUGGGGAUUAGAAAGACAACCUGACGUUACAUGGCCGGAUGGACAAAUUAUUAUUGGAGCAAGAUUUUGUACAAAAUUUCCACUUUUCCUGGAAAUCCACUAAACGGGUUAAAACAAACCAAAAAAUGUAGCGAAUCUCACCUUGGAGUUUCGCAAGAGUUGAAUUCUAAUCGAAAGUGUAUUGUGAAAGAUAACUUCAAUUAAACAAGUGUCACAAUUGCUCAAGUGCUCCAUCAUUACACAAAGAAAUUAAUCGUAGUCUAGGCAACGAAAACGAGUGAAAAUCCACCCAGAGAUGUGAAAUAAAUAACUCAUACCAAAAUAGUGAAUGGCCAAAACAGUCAAUCGGAAAAGGUGGAAAGUGAAUGGUGUAAGUUUCAAAAUAAUAAUUAUAAUGCAAUAUAACUACGGAAUUCGUGACACUAUAAAUAAAUAACAAACUAAAUAAGUAACUACAAAAUUAAGCACCAUUCAUCAAGACAAAAAAUGGACGAUGACACUUUGGUCAACGUGAUUUCCUUCGUUCCUACCACCUGACAAUAUAAUUCAAGAUACCACAAAUUGAGGAAAAAAGUACAAAAAUUUCAUACGUCUGAUGGAUCAGCUACUUGUGUACUCAUUAAGUGUAGUUUCUAUUUUAUCAAGGAUCAAUUUUUAAGUGAGGAAAUAAUGAUCACCUUGUUCGACGAGGACUCGCAGUCACGUUUGGUGGGGAUGGAGGAGGAAGAGGGAGCAGACUCCGGAGAGGAAAAUGAGACGACUCACUCCUGCUACUCGGAAAUUAGUGGAGAAAGUUCUCAAUUUGUGCGAAACAGUUUUCACCAAAAAGUGCCCUUCAAUCGGAGAAAGGUCCGCUUGAAGGGGGCACCAUACGGAAUUUCGAAACUAUUCACAACACCCACAAGUUCCUUUCCUUUUACCUUCGCCUGCCUUUGUGUGACAUCUUUACUCACAUUGUCGGCUUUCAAUCAGGUUUGCGACGGAGCAGAUUUGGCAAUACAAAUUCCCGUCUCCGAGUAUCAAGACCUUGAAGGAGUCUACAGAUUAGAUUACAAUCCUCCGAUAGGUUUCCCAGCACCGAAUAAAACCUUCAAAGCUGACCAGAUUUCUAACGCGAUAAGCUUCACGCAAGGUCUUCCUGGCACAAAGUACCAUUUUCGACUCCACUACACCAACAACACCAUAAAUGACUGGCUGACCUGGACGGCAUCCAUUACGACAACUCCGGAUCCACCAGCCAAUUUAUCAAUCAACGUUCGGCCGAAUAAGCAUGUACAUUUGACAUGGGACCCUCCAUCCGUGGGUGGCUACAGUAAAUUCAAGUUGAGACUGAUUCCCCUCUCGGACAGAGAGAUUGCUCAGCCAAGAAAUUUCAUUGAGGAGAAACCUCCCGUAAUUCUGCGAGACUUAGUCGCAGGGGCUUCAUAUGAAAUCCAGUUGUUCACAAUGUUCGAGAACAAAGAGUCGACUGCUUACAUCUCGGGCAACUUUACAACAAAGCCCAACACGCCAGGACGCUUCAUCGUGUGGUAUCGAAAUGAAACGACGCUUCUCGUCUUGUGGCAGCCUCCUUAUCCUCCAGGCGUGUUUUCCGGAUAUAAGGUACAAAUUGACCCGCUCGAUGCAGUAGAAAGCGUGCUGUACGUCCCAAAGGAAGGCGAUCCACCAGGCCCGGCGCAAGCGGCGUUCAACAACUUAAUUCCAGGUCGGGCUUACAAUAUUUCAGUGGAGACUGUGAGUGAGGAUCAGAUAUCGCAGCCUACGACAGCACAGUAUCGUACUGUUCCGCUAAGACCGGGCAACAUAACGUUCGACUUGGACCUCAUUACUCCGUACAGUUUUCAAGUUGCAUGGCUUCCCCCCACUGGAUACAGUGAAUUCGACCGCUACCAAGUGCAGAAGGGUGGUUUGAAGAAUCAAACACCUUUAACAAUACUGAAAGAUGCUCCAACGGUGGCAACAUUUGAUAAAAAUCUAGAACCGGGACAUACCUAUUCCAUAAAUGUUAAAACGUUCUCAGACAAAGUUCCAUCGUGGACGACGAGUGCCAACGUGACAACGAGACCUCUUCCUGUGCAAGGUGUCGUCAAUACUACGGACCCCGUGACUGGUGAUAUUUUGAUCGAAUGGAUGCCAGAUUCCACAUCUAAACAAGAUCAUUAUCGGAUUACGAGUCAAGAAGCAGAAGCGUUUGGUGGAGAUGUAAACUCUGUGUUGGUCGAGGAGCCAAGAUUUCUCAUGUCCAGUUUAUUUCCUGGGAGAAAUUAUUCCAUUAGCAUCCAAGCUGUGUCGAAUGGCAUGGAGUCGGAAGAAGUGACCGUUUUCCAAGCUACUCGUCCCUCUUCUCCAAUUGUGGAAAACAUCACUGCGGUUGAUCGUGGGUUGACGAUAUCUUGGAAAUCGGACGUGACUUCGAAGCAAGAGAUGUAUUUGGUAAUUUACAAGAGGAAUGAUACUGGUGAAAUUUUCAACGCUACCACCGUCGAAGGCCAAAUUGUGGUAAGUGACUUGUAUCCUGGUGCUGCUUACAACAUUCAACUUUUCGCCGUCUCUCACGGACUGCUCUCUGAACGACACGACUACUUUCAAACAGUUUUUCCAAAUCCUCCAAGGAAUCUUACUGCCGUUCGUGUAUCAAAUUCGUCCAUUUCUAUACGUUGGUUACCUCCUGUAAAUUCUCUCUACUCUGGUUAUAUUCUCCGCUACAGGACCAAUGAUAACGACACCUGGUCAGAAAUUUCCCUGCCAAAUAAUUUAGUUGAGAAGGAAGUCACAAAUCUUCUACCGGGAGAAAAAUACAUUGUCCGCGUUAACACUGUCAGCUAUCGAGCAGAACCGUCCAACCCUCAACAAAUUAUCCAGACUGUCCGUCCUGGUGGAGUUCAAAAUGUAAAACAAGACAUUGACGCUAACAAUAUCACCCUCAGUUGGAAUCGUCCCACAGGUCGAAUAGAAUCUUACAACAUAAAGUGGACGGCCAUUGACAGAAUUCCAAUCGAGUCGGACGAAGAAGAGGGCGAGAAUGAAACUGACUUUGGAAAAUCUGAACUGCUUCGUGGCGAAAAGGUGGUGACGCAGGAUGUUUGGGAAGAAAUCGUCAAAAUUCCAAUUUUUCCACUAAUGUCUGGAGUUGCUUAUACCAUCAACGUUGACACCAUUUCUUACGGGAUGAAAGGAGAUGACUAUAACACUACGAUACGGACUUUGCCACUUAUCACCUCGGAGGUUUACAUAGUUAAUAAUAUCAAUAUGAAGUCGGAGGUGACUUUAAGAUUCACGGCAACUCCACCUUCAAUCUCACUUUUCGAUCGUUAUCGAUUCCAAUUGUCUGACCCUUCCAUCCCACCCAAAGAGAAAUUGGCUAACGAAACCGACAGAAAAGUAACAUUCGACGGUCUCGUUCCUGGAAGACUCUAUAAUUUUACUAUCUGGACCGUUUCCAAAGAUGUAACGAGCCGUCCGUUGUUAAGACAUGAUCGAUUAUAUCCCGAGUCCAUCACAAAAAUAAAUGCGACGUACAUCAGCGAUAGGGAAAUCACAUUAGAAUGGGAUAUGCCAACCGGAGAUUAUGACGCAUUUGAAGUUCAAUACAUCAACGCGGAUGACCGGCUGGUUGACAAUUUGACUCUUCACCCUUCCAUCACCAUAACGGGGCUCAGACCCUUCCGAAACUACACAUUCACCGUCAUAGUUCAAUGUGGAAGUGAUGUCAACGUGCUUCGAAAAUCCAACCCUGUGUCUGCCGUCUUCUCCACCAAAGAGUCCAAACCAGGGAUGGUGCAGCACUUUAAACCCAUCGAAGUCCUUCCCAACAAUAUCACGUUCGAAUGGACAUUAUCCGACGCUUUUCACAAUGGCAUCCUGACCAGCUAUGUGAUAAACUACGGCGUCAAGGACUAUCCUCUCAACGGCAGUCGGCGUUUCACCCCUCGUGAAUCCCGCGGAACAAUUGUUGGUCUUUCUCCCGGCGUUACAUACAUCUUUGGUAUAGAGGCGCAUACUAAAAUCGGAGCCGGACAACCGAAACUUAUCACACAGAAGAUGCCAAUACGUGCUCCCCCAUAUCCAGAUCCAGGUGUCACACCAGAAGAAGUGUCAAGAACUUCAUCUACAAUCAAGAUCCGAUUCCGUCAUAACUACUUUUCAAACAAGAAUGGGGAAGUUAAGAAAUACACAAUAAUUGUAGCAGAGGACAAAGAAUUUGAGACUAACCCUGAACCCGAACAACCUCGGAGCUGGGUGGAUGUGCAAUCAUAUAGUCGUUGGCCGGCUUACAUGGUUGUUGAACCCUACAACCCGUUCUCGAAACGCAACCCUGUAUCGGAUUUUGAAAUUGGGACAAACAAGAGCUGUUCCACGGAUGUGAAAGGCUAUUGUAAUGGUCCCCUUCGAGGGGGAAGGACAUAUCACGUUAAAAUCCGGGCUUUCACAGAUGAUGACAAAUUUAGCGAUACUGGAUUUAAAGUUAUGGCCACGGACCAAGAUAACGCCUGGCUCAUACUUGCUCUCUCCAUCCCUUUCUCCCUCCUCCUCAUCUUCGUCGUCUGUUUUAUCUACGUGAGACGACACUGCAACAGACCGGAUCGUUUUUGUAAUAAGCGACCCAAGCCGAUCCAGCAUGAGCCGACAUCACUUUCAGAGUCUAUCGUGGAUACGACGCGACCAGUAAAGUUGAAAGACUUUGCAGAACAUUAUCGCCUCAUGUCGGCCGACUCUGACUUUCGGUUUUCUGAAGAAUUCGAAGAGUUGAAACGUGUUGGACGGGAACAAGUCUGUGCUGCUGCAGAUCUGCCAGUUAAUCGUCCCAAAAACCGAUUCACCAACAUUCUUCCCUAUGACCAUUCCAGAUUUAAGUUGCAACCAACGGAUGAUGAUGAGGGAAGCGACUACAUCAAUGCCAACUAUGUGACGGGUAACAACUCACCACGAGAGUUUAUUGUUACGCAAGGAACAUUACCGUCAACUCGAGAUGACUUUUGGCGCAUGUGUUGGGAAUCAAAUUCAAGAGCGAUUGUAAUGUUGACUCGUUGCGUCGAGAAAGGUCGAGAAAAAUGUGAUCGGUACUGGCCCUCUGAUACCAUGCCACAAUAUUAUGGAGACAUCCAGGUCCAGAUUUUGAAUGAAAGUAGAUAUCCAGACUGGAUAAUCUCAGAGUUUCGUUUACAGCGGGGAGACCAAGCACGCCUCAUUAAGCAUUUCCAUUUCGUAACUUGGCCCGAUUUUGGGGUUCCUGACCCUCCCCAAAUUUUGGUCAAGUUUGUUCGCGCAUUCCGUGAGAGAGUUCAGCCCGAGGAUCGCGUCCGACCCAUCGUCGUCCACUGCAGUGCGGGCGUGGGUCGUUCUGGGACAUUUAUCGCCUUGGAUAGAAUCCUGCAAAGAACGCGAGUUUCCGAUAUGGUGGAUAUUUUUGGAAUUGUGCAUCAAAUGCGACGAGAACGGGUGUGGAUGGUACAAACGGAGCAACAAUAUAUUUGCAUUCAUCAAUGUUUACUAACAGUGCUAGAAGGGAAGGAAAAUGAAAUCCCCACUCCACGGGAAAUUCAUUCCAAUGAAGGCUAUGAAGAUGAUGAAGGCAUUGCCGAGUCUGGCAUGUAGCUGAUGAUAUGAUAUAAUGGAAUCUCCAAGUAAAAAUCAUCCAUGCAAUCUCUUGAAACUCAAAGUACUAAAAAAAUAGAAGUUAAGGAGAAGCAAUAUAGCUUUUUUAAGAAAUCAUAUAACUGAGAUUCAAUUCCAACCGUGCCAAGAACAGGGUUAUCAAAAUGCAAUAAUUCAUUACGUGUCUUCCAAUAGAUCAAGUCGUUUUUUUUCUUGCAUGCCCAGCCUUUUAAAAUUAUAUGUAAACAAUCAUAUUUAGUAACUAAGAUUAAAUUGCAAUAUUGUCCGUGUGAUAUAGGAUGAAUAUAAGUCCAUAUAUUAUAUGUAUGACUGAAUAUUAAGUUUUUACCUUGAUCUACUUAAACCGAGAAGCUCCAGUGUAUCAUAAAAUAUAAAAACUACUCUGGUAGAUAAAUAGCCAUAAAUACGCAAAUGCAAACCAUAGUGAAAUCUCACACGUGAAAGAAAGAAAGACGUUUGAAAUAAAUAAGUUUUGAUGUAUAAGCAACUGAAAUAAACAUGUCAAAAAAAGUAAUUUCGCAAAAAAA